GAGCACAGCUUCCUACUCCGUUUUCUCUCUCUCUCUCUCUCUCUGAUAUUUCCUCUUUCUAUUUAGGUGGGCUACCAUUUUAACUGCAACGAGGAUGGAAGAAAAGAAUGAAUAUAAGAAAGGGCUGUGGACUGUGGAGGAGGACAGGAUCCUGAUGGAUUACAUAAGGAUGCAUGGCAAAGGGAAAUGGAAUCGGAUACCAAAACUUACAGACUUGAAGAGGUUCGGCAAAAGCUGUAGAUUGAGGUGGAUAAAUUAUCCUUGUCCUGGUGUUAAGCGCGGUGAUUUCUCUGAGGAAGAGAAUGACCUUAUCAUUCGCCUUCAUGAUCUCCUUGGCAACAGGUGGCCCUUGAUAGCUGGUCGGGUUCCCGGAAGAGCAGACAACCAAGUGAAAAAUCAUUGGAACACUCAUUUGAGCAAAAAACUUGGGAUCAAGGGAAAAAAUAAAGUUAGCGCUUUUUCAUAAAUUUUAUACAAAAAAUUAAAAUAAAAUUGUAAUACAAUAUUAUAUCCAAAUUUUAGAUUAUCUCCAAUGAUGAUAUUGCAAGUGCGAGCCACAAGGUGAUCAUUGGGGAAGAGGAAUCUUGAAGUGCUGGUGAUUUUAAGGGUACGCAAGGGCUUAUUACCAUGAGUGGUAACUAUGGAAGCUCUUCAUGGUUUUUCAUAACGAGCUAAAUUUGCAAACAGCUACUGUGAUGGAGUUAUUAGAUGAGUCUCUUGACUUUGUUUGGUAUGGCUUGUAAUAUCAUAA